AUGGCUGCGCGCAACAGCCCGCUUCUCUCCGGGGUUUGUAGACCAGUGUUGUCGGAGAUGCCGCGCCGGCCUCGCUUUGACGCUCGUGUCUGGAAGCGUCGUCAGCAACCCGUCUCAAAAACUCGGCAGCGAUCCCCCGGACCCAGUCUUCCUGUGUGUUUUGAUGCCGUCACCGAUUCCCUCACCUUGAGAACGCCGAGCGGAUCCGCCUUGUGGGACGCCACUGCCAUCCGAAGCCUCCCCUUUUGCGCGGGUGAGGCUUCAUUUUCGGAUGGUGCGGGCUUGGUGUUCUUGGUGGUUUGA